CAUGAACCCCAUAGCCACGACGGCCACCAAUGCGACCACGAUCACCACCCGAACCCGAGCGCAAACACAAGCACAAACGCCAAACGCGGACGCCAACCCGAAUGCGAUUCCCGCGCGCUGUGAACCAAACGCAAACACCAGUGUGAACACGAGUGCCCCCACCAAGUCCUCGUCCAUGAAGGGAGCCACGAUGCAUGCACUAACGCCUCGCUCGCAGUGCGGAGGUGUCGAGGACUGA